GUCUGACAGAGAUGCUGUCCAGUGUGGCAGAGGAGGUGAGGCUGGCUAUCCACAGUGACAUCAGUGGGUCUGAAGUCCUCUACAGCCUUCUCAGUGCCCCCUGGCUACAGUCCCUACUCAAGAUCUACGAGUGUCUGCAGAAGUUCAGAAGGCUUCCACCCAGUCCCUACCUGCCCUAUGCCUCUGGUCUCUCUCACGAGAUCCUGUCCAACAUCAGAGCAGUACCAGCUCCGUCCCCAGAGGCCAGACAGCUCUAUAGUCUACUGAAGUCCCCCCAUCUACAGGCCCUCCUCUCAGCCCAUGACAUGGUGGCCCAGACGGACUAUGAGCCAGUUCUCCCUCCGCUCCCUGAGGACCUGCCGGAAGACGAGGAGGCCAUGAGGAUCGUCUGUCUGGUCAAGAACAAACAGCCUCUGGGAGCCACAAUAAAGAGGGACGAGGAAACAGGAGAGAUAUUCAUAGCCCGGGUGAUACACGGAGGCCUUGCAGAUCGCAGUGGUCUUCUGCAUCCAGGGGAUCUGCUGGUGGAGGUGAAUGGGAACCCUGUAGAAGGACUGGACCCAGAACAGGUCAUACAGAUACUGCUGUAUGUGCGGGCCAUGGCAGACUACUGCCCCCUGCAGGACCCAGCGAUCCCCUGUCCUGACGCUGGCAUGGUCUUCAGUAGAGGAGACCUGCUGGAGAUAGUCGACCAGACAGACAUCCACUGGUGGCAGGCUAGGAAGCUUCCCAGUGCCUCAGCCUGCGCCGGCCUCAUCCCCUCCACCAGUCUGCUCAAGAGCAAACAGAGGGAGACGUGGUGGUCACAGCCUUUCCAGGCCCACACCUGCAUCAAACCCUUGAGCAUAGCUGGUGAUGAGGACGACGUUAAGACCAACAGUGGGAAUGGUGCCAUAGCAGAUGAAGAAGAUUUUGAAUCUGAGGACCUCAGAGAAGUGUAUCCCGAAGAGGCUGAAGAAGGAGCACAUACGAUGGGUGGCAUCUACAUCUCGGGAUUCCGCCGUAGUUUCCGUCUGUGGCGGAGAAUGACCCACCGUACGCGUCGCCAAUCCUGCUACUCCUGUUCUCCCAACACCUCGGCUCUGUCCAGCCCCUAUGAAGAGGUGGUCAGCUACCAGAGACGACCUGACGACCCGCACAGACUGAUCAUCCUCGUAGGUCCUUCUGGUGUAGGGGUGAAUGAACUCAGGAAAAGACUGAUCAAACUCAACCCACACACCUUCCAGGGAGCUGUGCCUCACACAACGCGACCAGCCAGAGAUGGAGAGGGGACAGGAAAAGAAUAUAACUUUGUCACCAAAGAGCUGUUUGAUUACAUGGUGUGCAACCACAGGUUCCUGGAGUACGGUGAAUAUAAAGGUCAUCUAUAUGGGACCAGUAUUGAUGCUGUCAAAGACGUGAUAGACAGUGGAAGGAUGUGUGUUAUAGACACUGAGCCACAUAGCAUCCUGUCCGUGAGGAAUAAGACGUUCAAGCCUUAUGUCAUCUUUAUAAAGCCUCCCAGUUCAGAACGACUGAGACAGACACGGAGGGAUGCACGCAUCAUCACCAGCUGUGUUGUCAACAGACCUUUUAAAGAUGUUGACUUUGAGGAGAUGGAGGAUGCUGCCAGGUUCAUGGAGGGGAAGUACGGUCAGUACUUCGACCGCGUCAUAGUCAACGAGGAGCUGCAGGAUGCCUGUAUGAAGCUGUUCAAUGACAUACAGCUGGCUCAGGAGGGACCACAUUGGAUACCUGCCGCAUGGCUCAGUACUGAGGACUAGAGAAAGGAGAGGG